AAAACUGUAUGUUUCUCUUCAUGUGUGUAGUCACUGGGAGGUAUAAGAAAACUUAAUGUUUCGCGAGGCCCAGCACUGUGUCAAAGUAAUUGCCUCUGUGGAUGUUUGUAGCUCCAGCUUGGGAGGUAUUUCCUGAUUGGUUGCUGAGAGCAGUAUGGGUCAGUGUGGAAGCCCACGUACAAGCCUGGUCAUUCAGUGGCUGCGAACAGUGCUUGGUUUUCAUCUCACUUACAUGUGGAGGCUCGGAGACGGCCGGACCUGCAGCGACUCUGGGUUGCUAUGGCUGGGUCACUGAUACUGCUUAAUUGUGUACAUGUCGUGUUCAUUUUUCUCCUGCUACAAGGUGAUUGCCUUCAGGUGGAACCAAAUCUCUGUGAUUCAAGUUGUGCUGGAUUUCCUACCUCUGACUUACCCUAUCAGAAAGGGGUGAGGUACACUUACAGGUAUAGUACGCUAAUUACCACCACUCUUCAUGGCUCCAGUGCUGGCAGGAAUGGACUGGCUUUGGACUGCGCCGUUGAUAUCGACGUGGUGUCCAACUGUCACCUGAUGAUGCAGAUCAGGAAUCCACAGAUAAAGCGGCUUUCCCCCCAAAAGGAACAUUCUGUGCAGCGUUUUAAAAGCUUGAGGGAGGCGCUGGAGAGAACGCGCCUCAAGUUCUCCCUCCGAGGGGGAAAGGUCGCGGCCCUCUGUUUCCAGGAGGGGGAGCAGGUGUGGGCUCUCAACAUAAAAAGGGCUCUACUGAGCAUGCUCCAGACCUCCACCGUGGCCUCCAAACCGGAAUCAGAAAAGGAGAUGGAUGUGUAUGGUACCUGCACCAGCAGAUAUGAAAGGCGAGGACCUCUAAUGCUAAAGACCAGAGAUCUGAAACAGUGCCAGCAGUCCAGGCUGGUAAACUUCUGGCCUCAUUCAGUAGCUUUAACUGAAGACACAUCGGUACAGUUGGAGCUGCACUGUGUUCAGCGUCAUGGAUCCACAGUGAUGGAGGAAGUUAACUGCACUGAAACUGUGUCCAUGGCAACGGGGUCCGGCACCACAGGGCUGGUCAAGACCCAAACAGUAUCGACACUUCUCCUGCUCAGAGCCCAGCCAGGGAAUCCUUUCAGAGCAGAUUCCUUAGGUGCUGGUGUGCUGACUGACCUGCAGUUUGAGGAUGAGGGACCUGUAAGACCAGGAAAAUCCAGACCAUCAACAACACAGAAAGCCAGUCAGACUGUCAGGAUGUUAUGUAGCCUCACCUCAGACCCACAACUGGUGUCACAAGAGUUCCUUCGACUGGUGUUCCAGCUAAAAGAUCUGACUCUAUCUCAACUCAAAACACUUUGGCAAGAAGCUUCUUUCAAGUGCCGCAAUGAUUGGCAGCCGUUGUUGGAUGCAUUACCAGCAUGUGGAUCUGAAAACUGCAUCAUACUGCUGACUGGCCUAAUUAGGAACAAAGAGCUGGAGGAGGAGCAGGCUCAUUCUUUCCUCACCACCAUCGCCCUCAUCCCUCAUCCAUCGUCACAGAUCAUUGGCUCCAUCAAUGCCUUACUGGAGGUGCCAGAGUUGCGGUCCAAAGCCAUGCUGGCAGGAUCAUCUCUGGCCUAUCAGUUGUGUCAGAGAUGUUCCUGCAGUGAACUUCCUCAGGUCCAGACCUUCAUACAGACGCUUGAGAAAACCUUGAAGGAGGGCUGUGAAGGAGAAGAACCCACUCGAGUGACAGAGAUUUUUUACACACUGAAAUCAGUGGGAAACGCUGGUUUGUCUGCUCCUACAUUCGUUCCUCUGUUAAAUCACUGCAUGCUGGACCACUCAACAGCACUGGAGCUGAGACUCACUGCCAUCCAAGCCUUUAGACGCUUUUCCUGCUCAGCUGAUAGGUCUGUGCUGUUGCAGCUGUACAUCUCCUCCCAGGAGGAUACUGAGGUCAGAAUCGCUGCAUACCAGCAGCUCAUGCGCUGCCCCGACCAGGACGUGUUUGAAGCGGUGAAGACGACGCUGAGAAACGAGACCUCCAGCCAAGUGGGCUCAUUUGUGUGGAGUCACCUCACUAAUGUCCUGAGGAGCGAGGAUCCUGUGAAGCAGACUCUAAUCGAGUCACUGCCUGAUGACAUUAUCAGCAGAGAUUUUGAAGCAGAGUUUUUGAAAUAUUCCUCCUAUUCUGACUAUACUGUUGCCUCAGGUAUUGGAAUCAAAAAUGUGGAAACAACUUUGAUUUUCUCCCCCAAAUCGUUUGUACCGAGAUCAGCUUCUGCCAACUUGACUGUGUAUUUUCACGGCAGAGCCCACAACCUUUUGGAAGUGGACCUUCACGUUGAAAAUGCCGAACCACUUUUCAAGAACCUUUUCAGUCAACCGGCUGAGAGUGAACCUGCCGCUCAAAAUGGAAAAGAUGAGGCGAGAAGGACAAGAAGAAAAACAGAUGAUGGCCAUAAAGGAGAAAAAGAAACGUGUCUGUCCAGCAGCAGGAACUACCUGGAGCAGGCCAGAGUGAUGUUGUUUGGAAGAAGGAAAACGGAGGGCAAGCCCAAGUGUUGGGUUGGUGUGAAGGUAUUUGGGAACGAGCUCAGUGUGUUUACGUGUGAAGAUCUCUACAAUCAAAUGAACCACGUGUCACUGAGCGCAGCCGGGCUGGCUGUGAAGCUGCUCAAGGGUCAGGAGGUUCAGCUGAACCACAGGGCCGUGCUGAUGACUGAGGAGUUGCUGUUACCCUCUCUGUCUGGUGUUCCCAUCAAACUGGGCAUCAACAUGACCUCCCUGCUUUCACUGCGUCUGAAGGGCAACGUCAGCUACAGGGACACAUCUCACUUCUCCCUCAACGGAUACAUCAAACCAAAUGCCUAUGUGGGGCUGUCGGCCAGGAUGGGGGUGGACAGUGCUCUUGGUCAGGCUGCAGUGGAGUGGAUCGCUGAGCUGAAGAGCUCCACCAGCCUGGAUGGCAGCGUUCAGCUUCAGGAGGGUCGAGAUGUCCGGGUCGCACUUAACACACCAGAGGACCUAAUGGACAUCGUCUCUCUGAGCUCUAGAGUGUUUCAACUCAGUGGAGACCACAGAGAGGAGAUAAAGGGCCCAAAAAGUCGAGUCCAAAAGACCACCUGUACACCAAAAACCUGGUCCAAGAUGGUCGGUUGGCAACUCUGCUCAAACGGAUCUUACCCAUCACCCACCACUGGUCUUACUUUCCCCCCUCCAGGACCAGUCCAUCUCUCCCUCAGGCUGCUGAAGCUGGACAGAGGCCUCCACUACUAUCUGCUGGAGGCUGCUUACUCACUGCAUCAUCAGAGAGGAAACUGGCUUCCCAGAGAAGCCUCCAUCCACCUCCUGCUGGCCACUCCUCAGUCCUCCAUCCCCAGGGACAUGUCUCUGGAUCUGGCCUUCAACCCUCAUAGAUUUCUGCUGAGGAUCAACCAUCCUCUGAAAACCAUUCACAUGCAAGGACAACUUGAACAAGAGAGGAACACCAAGUCCGGGAAGCUGGAGCUCUCGAUAGACGGUGUUCGUUAUUAUGUCAUGUGUUUGGUUGACACGCAGACCCUCCUGUCAGAGCAGAGGACACGCUACCAUGUUGAAGCCAAGAUGGCGGCUGAUGCACAUCCCAUGAUCCUCUCUGCUAAUGUGACUCGUGGACUUGGCAGGAAGACCAGCUUUUCAGCUACAGUGAAGAACGUGUUCAGAGAAACUGCAUCACUGUCUGUGGCUCUGGAGCGCCGGCGGGACUCCAGCAGCAGACAGUACUCUGUGGAGGCGGAGCUGCUGUUACCUGGCGUGGUCGGCAGCAGGAUGCUGGGCCUGAUGGAGCAGAGGGGGUCGCUGUGGAGCUCCAUGCUCAGGCUCAAAUAUGGACUGGGAGGUGAUGCCCGACAGCUGCGACAGGAGUGCUAUACGUCUCAGAGACUGAGGAGCGAAAGGGACUCAAACCUGACUUAUAUCAUGAGAGCUGAUCAUGAAUUCUACUGCUCCAACACGGCUCCUAUCAACCACAAGAUCCACCUCAGGCAUGAAGAAAGCCCCAGUCACAUUAAAUCAGCUCUGGACAUGAGUUACGGCAAACACUGGGAUGAGAUAAACAACAAACACACAGUUCUCCUGAGCCAGUCCUUCAAAAAUCAGUCCACACAAAAUCACACCAGCUACACUCUAGAGUUCAACCUCCAGGUACCUGAGAAAAAUUUAAACUACAGGACUCAGCUUCUGCACUCUCACCUGACUCAGUUUGGGUCUGAGAGCAGCACACACUUAAAAAUCAAUUACAACAAUCUGAUGCCACUGGUGGCUGGAUUACACUGGAAGAGCCCUCCGAAAGAUGCCCUGCAGAAGACAUGGGAAGGCUCAUUUAACAUGGACACACCGUGGCUGUACAUUUACACUGCCCACAAGCUGAACCAGCUCCAGCACCACACACUCCAGAUCACCUCAGAGCUGACUGCCAGCAAGUGGUUGACCAUCCGUAACCUCAUCCUGGAGGGUUUCUACAGGGACAGGGGCAGAGAGAGGGAGGCCCGUCUGGAGCUCUACACACCAGCUGCCACCUACUUCCAAGUCGGGGUCUGGGGAGUGGUGGGGAAACGCAAUCUAAAGGCCUCUGGCUCCUUGAGCUCAUUGUGGACUCUUCCUCUGAGAGCAGACGUCUCUCUGGAGGCCUCCAAACUCAGCCACACCCUGCACAUGGCCUCCACCUACGGCAAGCACAAUGUCAGCUUUGCCGCUGCUCUGAACACUGCUGAUAAGAGUCUGAAAAAGAGGCAAGUGACUGUGAAGAUGAGCCUGUCAAAGCCGAAGAGUCCGUCCACUGACCUGGAGUUUGAGGGAGUGGUGGAGGAGCUGAGGAGGGACAAGAAGAUGUAUCAGAAGACUGCAAUGCUCCAGCUGAGACAGCCCUUUCAGAGCUUCCCUCAGACUCUUCUCCUGAGGGAGACCUUCACCGUCGACCUCCUGAAAGGCCUUUAUAUUCUGGAGUCUAAAGCUGGUUUCCAUGGCAACAGAGAGGUCAUCCACACCCUGACUCUGGGCUACCAACCACCGAGCCCUUUUGUUUGCUCUGCACUGACUCAUCCUUUCAGCUCUGAUACUGUUCCAUCAGACUCCGAGAUCUGUGUGACUGUUACUAGCAACCAGACCCACAAAGAUCUACGAGGGAAGUUGCGAGUUGGGAGCAAGGAGAGACUGACUUUCUUUGGCCAAGUUCAGUUGAAUCCUUUGCAUUCAAGUCACCAAGUGAUAAAAGUUAAAGCCAACUUCCUCCAUCAGCUCCAGCUGCAGCUCCCCUCCUCUGCUAUAAUGGAGGGAGAUGUAUGUUGGACUCCUAAAAACAACAAUGACUUUGAUUAUCAGGCCAGAGGGAAACUGAGAGUGGAGCGACAGGAGUGUAAACUUUCCGUGCAGCUGAACGGAACAUCAGGCAGAGUCGGUCUGUAUUCAUCUCUCAGUCACCCCUUCAAGUCAAAGAUUCCCAAAACAUUAGAGGUGAAGGCCACUGCAGAUGUCUCCACGGUGCCUGGUAAAGGGAGCAGCUCGGUGUAUGUGAAGGCUGAUGGGAAGGACAGGAUGGUGCUGAAUGCCCAGGCGUCCCACUUUCUCCAAGGGGCAGACAGAGCCGUUGGGCUGAGGCUGAACUUUUCCCAAAGCCUGCUGCCUUCAGCCACUGAACUGCAUGUUAACCUGGCUGCCAACAUGUCCUCAGACAGUGUGUUUCUACGUGGCUCCUUCACACAGGGGCAGGAGGCUCUGCUGGCUCAGGUCAAAGGGUCUCUAAAAGACUUGCAGGGUCUCCAGCUGGCUGUUUCAGGGGACUUGAGGCACACUAUGACCAACCUCAUCAUUCUGCCUCCAGUCCUAGGGUUGGAUGGGGCAGUGGGGCAGUCUGAUGCUUUAAUCGAAGGACAGCUGAGAGUUAGAGUGAUGGAAACUUUGUACAGUGUGGAGAUGAGACAUCAGCGGGAUCCUGGAGAAGUUUCAGGUGGAGACGAGGUUGAAGAAGGCAUGAUGGAAAAAAUGUCCCGUCACUGGCUUUGUGUUUGGUCAGGCGUGGAGCAUUUGUGUGUGAAUGUGAGCCAUCAGCUGUGGAAUCAAGGGAGGGGAGAAGUCUAUACGAGACUCUCUCACUCAUUCCACCUGCUCAACACCACAGGUGUACCUGCCAACAGUAGCGCUCAGGUCAAGUGGUCCCAGGAUGGUGGUCAGCUGUCCAUCCUGGCAGAACUGCAGACUGGACGUGAACAUCUUAAAGCUGAAUUUCAUGGAGAAAGAACCGACCAUCUUGUCCCCCAGUGGCAAUACUCCUCUAGGUUGCAGCACCAAGUCAAAGCCCUGCUGGAAAGAGGCCUACCAAGCUCUUUUCAAGCCAAAUCACAUUAUCAGUUAGAAACAGAUAAACUGGACACAGGACUGGUCCUUUCCAUGGAAGAUGUGAGGAUGGUUGACAUCCUUCUUAAUGUUGAAUCCAAAAACAAAACAGCUCUUUUGGUAGCAUCACUAUGGCAACAGAUUCAGUUGCUUGAGGGAUUCAUACCAACGUCCUUACAGAUGAACUGCACAGGGGACGCCACUGCAGACCGACUCUCAGCUCAGUGCUAUGGAAAUGUGGCGGAUCGCCCUGUGGAGGUACGAGCCUUUCGCUCCUAUAGACCACACAACAGGCUCUGCUAUGGCCUGUCACUUGCUCACAUUAGCCUCAGCGCUCAAGCUAAGGGCUGUUACAGUUCCAGCGGUCAGAAGGAGCUCAGAGCCAACCUCACUCAUUCCUCUGUGCUCCUGCUUACGUAUUUGGGCGUGCCCAACAAAUCUAGGGUUAGGUUCCUUCUCCGGCCCGGGCCUCAGAGGUGGACCCUCUGGAUCGGGAUGGUUGCUGGCCCUUGGAGAACAGACCUGAAUGUGGGCCUGAGGUUGGAGAGGCCUGGGCUGUAUGGCUGGCACGGGCUGCUUAUGUAUGGAACUCAGAGUGUUACACACAAAGCUGCAGUUACAGGUCGGAUGAGGCUGGAAAGCUGGUGUCACAUCUGGGCAGAUGUCAGUGCAGAAUGGGACUCAGUCAGCUCCAGUCUGUUGGUGUCUGUCCGGUGUACGGGGGUGGGGAGGCUGGCGUGGGUGCAGGCUGGAAGCAUUGAGGGGAAUAUACCACAUAAAACCUCUUUAAAUGUAUAUGGACAAGCAGGAAAAGACAGACUCAAAGGAUCUCUGAGCUUUGAGAACCAGCAGGACUCCCUCCAUUGCCUCUUGUCUGUGCUACUGAAGGACCUUAAAGCUGAGGUGGAUUGGAGCCUCCAGCACCACUGGGCCUCUCUUGCCGCAAUCAUCCCAAACAGAGUGGACCUCCAAGGGUCAGGUCAGCUCCAUGAAUCCUCCUUCUCUGCAACUAUCAGAUUGUCUAUCAACUCCUGCUCUGCUCUGGUGAACAUCACUGCUGAGAUGGAGCCCUCCACCUCCUUCAGAGCCACGAUUCAUCAAAACCUGGCCACCGCUAGAGUACCAGAAAUGGUCUCUGUUGGCAUGUCGACCACAGUGAGUCGAGCCCAGUUUAAGGUGGAAAGCGACGUCUGCUCCAUGCUUCUCCUGGCAGAUCAACACAGGGGAGGGAAGGACAGCAGGACCAGAUGGGAUGUUUUUAUCAAUCAGCAAUGUGUCUCCCUGAAGACUCUCCUGCCACCACAGACCUCAGUCAACAUCUCAGUCACCCGUUCUGGCUGUUUCACAAGUCUCAGUACGGUUCUCCAGGCUGAGGGGGAGCAGAAAGGCAGUCUUAAUGUUUCCCUAACUUGUCACCCUCACCUUAGUCUGAGGGCGUCUGUACACCACUCUAUAGAGGCAAUAAAGAUGCUGCAAUUUCCCACCCAUGGAGCGCUACUACUGAAUGUCUCACCUGCACUUCUGCCCGGUGUGAAUGUUGGUCUGGAGCUGGGAUGGUGUCAUUUUAGUGGUAAUUUGUGGAAAAUCAAGGCUCCGCAGACAGAAGCUGAGGAGUCUUCUUACUCCGUCAACGUUACCAGCUAUUGUCCUUCACUAGAGGGGACGGUCCUCCCUGUGUCCUUGGCUCUGCAGGGCCUCCUGUCAGUGGCUCCUUGCCAGCUGACCGUGUCGUCCUCUGUAAGAGCAGACGGUCAGGAUCUCUCUCUGGAGCUGCAUCAACGCUGCAGGACUCCACAUUUCACCGGCACCCUCACCCACUCCUUCCCUGGUCUGAGGAGUCAGGGGCUGCCACAGAUCAUCUCCAUAGAGGCUACAGCUCCUGGAGACCCGAAGCAGGCUGGAGCUCUGUUUAUUAAAGUCGGAACAUGUAACAUCAGAGCCAACAGGAUCAUAGAGAGCAGAGGACGGACACAGUGGUUAUGGGCUCUGAACUCGACAUGCCCAGUGUUACAGGCUCAUGUGAAUGGUUCAGUGCUGCUGGAUCAUCAGGGGGUCUGGACGGCCAUGUUGGACUCUGAUCUGGAGGGCAGAAGGGGUUUCCUGAGGCUUCAUGCCAGCGCCUGGCCAGAGCUGAGUGUGGAGGCCGAGCUCAGCCAUGACCUUCCUGCUCUCAGAGGUCUGCCAAAGACCGGCCGGCUGAGAGUCACCAGCAGGUCUGGAAAGCAACAGUAUGACGCCGAAGCCUUGGUUCAGGUGGAGGAGUGUGCUGUUGGGGCCAGUGGAGCUGUGGGGUCACAGUCUGGCCUGCAGGGGUCGCUGGUGUAUCACAACAACUGCACAGUGAUUCAGGAGUGGGGCAGUCCAGAGAAGGUGCAGACUUCUGGGUCCCUGGUUUUCUCCACGACCUUUAUUAAAUCUCAGGUCUCCAUGAUGGUGGAUGAGACUGAGUUACAGACUUUAGUGUCCGUCAAAAAAACAAAGGAUAAAAGUGAAGCAUCACUUAAUCUAAACCACUCCAUGCCGCUGUUGAAGAAGCUGGGUUUCCCUGUGAAGGCUGCACUAACGCUGAACUCUGGGAGUCACAGCAAUGGUUCAUACUUUUACGUAUUCAACAGCAGUGGGGGAAGUCAAAAGUUCAGUCAAGAGAUGACAGUGGAGAAGACGUCUGAGACAGUGAGAGUAAAAAGUCAUUUGAGGCACACAGUGAACUAUCUUAAGAAACUGGGAGUCCCAGCAAACAACAGCAUCCAGGUAGAGCUCGGUGCUGCUGAGGGGAAGACGUUGACCUUACAGUCCCAGCUGGGGGGUCAGCUGGCAGGACUGAGAUUUAAGAUGAAAAAUUUUCCUGUGGUCAAAGAAAUAAGAGGAACCCUGUGGCACAGCUGGUCGUGGCUACAUGACACAGGACUGCCGCUUAAUAUGGAGGCCCUGUGUUCCAUCCAGGGAGUCUUAUCCCAGCUCCAGUCCAGGGCUCAGCUCACUGUGGACGGACACAAGCUGCUCACCUCUGGCCUGAACAUCAGUGGUGCUGAUGGACGUCUGUCUGCACGUCUUUUCUACUCUCCGCCGGCUUUCAAUCAAACGAGGAUACAACAGAAUCUGGACACUGUGCUGACUGCUCAAUUUAAAGGUCCUCUGCGUAGCGCCUCAUUAGAUAUUCACUGUCAGGACUGGAGGGUCCGAGUCAUGGGGGAUGCUGGAGGCUGGGGGUCACAUGGAGGCACUAAGGAGGCCAGAGCCACACUGAAACACACCGUCCAAGGCCAGGCUAGUCCUGCCCUACAGGUGGAGGCCUGGGGACGACUGACUGAGUCUCAGCUGAGAUGCUCGAUGGCUGUAAACCCUGAACUCAGCUCCUCACUGGCUCUCAUAGUUCAAGGACACCACACGUCGCACAGCAAGGACCUGAUGGUGAAGGUGGUCCAGAACAUCCCUCAAAUGUUGGUCUACCUGCCGUCUCAGCUCAACGUCCGAUCACAGCUGAACCAGUCUCAGUCCAGUGUGGCGGGUCUGCUGGAGGUGUUGUCAGGCAGGAGGAGGUUCUGGGCUCUGGGGGAGCUGGCAGCCAUUGACAGCGGAUACAGACAGGCGUUGGAGGUCAAACACUCGCACCCACAGCUGAAGCCGCUGCCCAGGACCAUCGUGCUGAGGACGGUGUACGAAGCCCGAAAAUGGAGCUACCAAGUUCAGCAUGCAGCUGUGUGGGGCAACCAGGAGCUCAGCCUGUCUGGUCUGUACUCUGCCCCUCCAGCACCAGAGAUCGGCAACCACACACUGAAGGUUCAGAUCACCUGUGUUCCCCGUCUGACCAGUUUGGAGGUGACACUGGAACGUUCCCCCCACGGUCGAUUGGACAGCGUUGUACUCGGCUGGACGAGACACGGACAACUGGAGCAGGUCAAAGCUCUCAGUUUGUGGAGUCGCUCCGAGGAGACGAAUGAGACGAAGCUGGAGCUGAAACAGCCUUUUUCCUCCACACUCAGUCAGCUGUCACUGCACACACUGACACACAACUCACAGAGGGAACAACACAGCAGCCACCAGACUCAUCUGUCCUGGGAGAGUACAGUUCCUGUCAACGUCUCCCUGAGCCUGAACAAACAGUGGCAGAAUAACUCCAGCAGGGGGCAGGCAUGUGUUCUGCUGUCAGCUCAGCAGAUGGAAGUGUCCUCUGUUAAAGGCUGUGUGUCAGUGGGCCGGGAGGGAAACUCGUAUACACAAAAUGCAGAGUUAAGAUGGGACCACAGCAGUGUCAAACAAGCCAUGAAGUACCAGAAAGACCCGCGGGGACUCCACAGCCUUCAGGUUAACGUCGGCCUGGACAGAGUGUCUCCUGUGCCUUGUUCUUCACACACACUUCAGGCAAAGGUUCAAACCAACCUGAGGGACCGGCUGGAGCACACUGUGCUGCUGGGCCUCUGCCCCCCACAGCCUACUCUGUCGUGGUCGGGGUCCCACAGGGUGAACUCUGGACAGGAGAUGUUUUACACUCGGUCUCGCCUGUCGGUGACGGGACGACCAAACCACUGCAGCUUCACCUUCGCCAUCACCAACUCAUCCACCGCUCAGAGGACAAACAUGACUCUGUUCUCUGAGUCCAGGAUGGGUAACUGGAGCGUGAAGGUUGGAGGUAAUGCCUUGUCCUGGCCCCGAGGCUCAGGUCUCCAGGUUCAGGCCACACUGGACCAUAGAGAGAAGAUGUGGCUGAACGGGACAGUAGAGGGACAAUGUGUUCAGACCACAGCCGGUUAUAUGAACGGUCCAGACCACAGUGAGGAUCUCACUGUAGCAGCAUGUGUGGCAACCAAUCACACUUUAAAGCUGGAUGUGCAGAAAAGAGAUGGCAGCAGCGUGUCUGAAACUCUGGCCAGCGUGUCUCUGGGAGCAGCCAAUCAGAGGCUGAUGCUGAGAGCGAGCGGCUGUUUGGAGAGUUUAGCUGCAGCGGAGGAGCGAGUUCACUAUUUGAGCUCUCGGAUACAGAAGAAACUUGUAGAGAGAAUCAAGACAUUACAGCAUCUUCUCACAGAAUUCAGACAACAGUCCGGAGACAGUCAGCUGCUCCAGGAGCUGAGCUCUGUGCCUUUUCAUGUGUCACAGCGAGUUGAGGCUCUGCUGAUACACAGAGACAGAGGUUUGUUGGCUCUUUGGCGGAGCAGCUCCUUGCGUCGCAUCUUGUCCGACAGCCUGCCUCGUGUCCUGAGCCUACUGCAGCACGCCUCGCUGCUGGGACAGCAGGAACUGAGGAGGCCUCUGGCCACUCUGGCAGGUGUGUACCAGGAUUUGAAGGGCCAGCGGCCGGAGGCCAUGUGGAGGGAGGCUGUGCUGUCGUGGGCCGACAGGCUGGUGGAAGUUCUGCCUGCUCUGCUGGAAAACCCUCAUCUGAGGCCGCUGUCACAGGCUGGAGUCACCACACUCAGCGUCGCCUUGGACCUGGCAGGCCAGCAUACCUACCAGUGGAUUGAGACCAGGCUGGCCACGGCUCUGUCUGGAGUCAGGAAGCGACUCGCCUCUGUCUACAAAUUCACCCCGGGGGAAUGUUCAGUCAUUGUGUCAGUGCCGCUGCCGCCGCUUCCCUGGUCGAGGAUGGCUGAAGCUGGGCUGAUGGAGGUUCUUCUGGAGGAAUGGCUCCUGAAGCCUCUGCUGACCGUCGCCUCUGUGAGACCCACUGCUGAACUUUAUCGUCUCAAGAGGAAAAUCAUGGACAGCCCAUUUGCACACCAAGCUUUGUUGGUGGCGGAUCAGUUUGUAGUGACGUUUGAUGGUCACUUGUUCGAGCUGCCAGGUUCAUGUCCGCUGCUGCUCGCCCAAGACGUCAACGCCGAGCCCUCAUUCACGCUGCUGCUCCAUCCAGACCCACAGAGCUUCCUGCUCAUACAGAUGAAUAACAGCACUGUCAGCAUUAAGCGCAAUGGACAGGUGAAGGCCGACUGCAACACCGCUGUGUCCCACAUAUUUCACAGUGAUGAUGGAGUGGACAUCACGAGAAGAUCAAACGUAGUGCAGGUGUCCAAUCAGAACGGAGGAUCAGUUUCAUGUGACCUGUCGCUUGAAGUGUGCAGCUUCACCCUGGAUGGAUGGUUACAUGGUGCGUCCACUGGUCUGUUUGGGACCAACGACAAUGAUGCAGGAAAUGAUUUUCCUUUGCGUGAUGGAUCUCAAGCUGAGAAUUUGGAGGAUUUUCUCAACAGCUGGCAGAUGAAGCCUCCAUGUAUUAAACCUCCAGCUGCAGGAGAGAUUUUAUCCAAAGCAUCCAGGAGCCUGGUGAGCUGCGACUCUCUGUUCUCGUCUCCCGAUUCUCCACUCAGCUCCUGCUUCAGAGUAGUGGAUCCGGGUAGGUUCUUGUCGGUGUGCGAGUUAAGCUCCCACAGGGCGCUCUGCAGAUUAGCGUCUGCUUUUGUUCAUCUCUGUCAACAGAACUACAUACCACUGGAGCUCCCUGUCCAGUGCAUUAAAGCAUGAAGGACAGACGAGCAGAUGAAGAGCAGUUUAUGACCUCUGUUAGCUGCUAAAAUGGACGAACAUAAACACAUAUACCACUGGUUGUGCCACGUUACUUCUAUACUUAUAUUUUGUACUUUAUUGUAUAGUUUUACCUCCUGUCGUGUACACUUUUGUCCUGUUUAGAUGUGCAGAUGUUAUGCCAAUAAUGUGAAUGUGAACAUACUGACUAUAGCAGGUAGUUUAUUAAUAUUCAUUAGGUUUCUUUUUUGUAUUUUCUGUGGUCUGUAGUACAAACACUGAAGAUACUAAGACUGACUUUAGUGCAACCACAGUUACUAAUCCAUUACAACUGAAUCAUAAAGACAUCAACAAAUAUUUUUAUACAGUUUGACAAAGUGCAUUUAUUACAUUGUUGUAUGCUA